CGGCUGGAGGUGACCUCCUGCCGAAUCAGAGACGCCCGUAACCCUAGCCGGGUGCCCACGGGAAGGCAGCGCGGCCCCGGCAGGGGCGGAUCGGGUUGCGGCCCAAGUUUUCCACCUGAGGCUCGGCGGCUCAGAGGAAGGAGGCAGAACCUGCCACCAGGGGAAGAGCUUGCCGGCCGCGGAGCGGUCAGGGACGCAGACACCAGCCGCGGCCCCAGCCCCAGUGGGACAGCCUGCGAGGCCGGCCCAGCAGAGCCGAAUACCGGAGCAGAGGCUCCAUCAAAGGCCCAUUGUCUCCCGCAUCAACCCCCUCGCUUGUGUCCGCACAAACCCCGCAACUGAGCCCAUUGAAAUCCAGGCGAGCUCUGUAAUCUUAGCUGGGCCUCACUACCGCCAGCUGCAGCGCCUAAGCCCAGGCGUUUCCUGGUCUGCACCCCCGGCACGCCGGAGCAGGAGAGGUCAGCCGGAGCGGCCGCGCAGGGGGUGCCGGUGCUGCUGGCUGUGGCGCCAGACGCCCAGACGAGGUUGGCAUUCCGGGCUGCAGGUUAGAUGAAGGCAAGCGAGGCUGCACCUGGCGGAGAGGGACCAGGAACUGGGGCAGCGGCAGGUCAGUGCGGCUUGGACUGAGGCACUUUGCUCUAAUCCAGGUCUGCCUGGGGCCGGCUGCGCGUGGGAGUGAGUGUGUGAGCACGCACCCACCAGUGUCCUCAGCAGGGCUGGGAGAACCUCGGCUCGCGCCCCACUCCCCGGGAACCGACAGAAGAUGCCAACCAACGGUAUCCACCAGGUCCUGAAGAUCCAGUUUGGCUUGAUCAACUGCCAGAACCGCUACCUGACGGCCGAGAGCUUUGGCUACAAGGUCAACGCCUCGGCGCCCAGCCUGAAGAGGAAGCAGAUAUGGACCCUGGAGCAGGACGAGGCCGACAGCUCCGUGGUCUUCCUGAGAAGCCACCUGGGCAGGUACCUGGCCGCUGACAAGGACGGGAAGGUGUCGUGUGAAGCCGAGAAGCCGGGCAGAGACGGGCGCUUUGCUAUUGUCACCCAGUCGGAUGGGCGCUGGGCACUGCAGUCUCAGCCCUACAAGCGCUUCUUUGGGGGCUCGGAAGACAGGCUGUCCUGCUUCGCCCAGGCCGUCACCGAGGCCGAGCUGUGGACCGUCCACCUGGCCAUCCACCCGCAGGCCAACCUGCUGAGCAUCAGCCGGAGGCGGUACGCGCACCUGAGCGCCCUGGAGGACGAGAUCUCCACCGACAGCAACAUCCCCUGGGGUGUGGACGCGCUCAUCACCCUCACCUUCCAGAACCAGCGGUACUGCCUGCGGGCCUGCGACAACCGCUACCUGCAGAACGACGGCGCCCUGGUGCCGGAGCCCGGCCCGCGCACCGGCUACACCCUGGAGUUCAAGGCAGGGAAGCUGGCUUUCAAGGACUGCAACGGGAAGUACCUGGCGCCCAUGGGACCCACGGGCACCCUGAGGGCCGGGAGGAGCUCCAAGCCGGGCAAGGACGAACUCUUUGAUCUGGAGGAGAGCCACCCGCAAGUGGUGUUCCUGGCGUCCAAUGGCCGAUACGUCUCCAUCCGGCAAGGUGUCAACGUCUCAGCCAACCAGGACGAGGAGAUGACCCAUGAGACUUUCCAGAUGCAAAUUGACAGAGAGACCAAGAAGUGCAUCUUCCAUUCCAACGCGGGCAGCUCCUGGACCCUGGUGUCCCACGGGGGCAUCCAGGUCACUGCCACCAGCGUUGCCGCCAACAGCAUGUUCGACAUCGAGUGGCGUGGCCGGCGGGUGGCCCUCAAGGCCAGCAACGGCAAGUACAUCUGCGCCAAGAAGAACGGGCAGCUGGCCGCGGUUAGUGACUCCGUUGGCCUCGGCAGCAAGUUCUGGUACGUCGCCAGCAGCGGUGCCAUCUGCAGCGACGGGGAGAUGGCCGAGGAUUUCUUCUUCGAGUUCCGGGAGCGCGGGCGCGUGGCCGUCCGGGGGAAGAACGGGAAAUACCUGCGCGGGGACCCGGCCGGCACCCUGCGCGCCGACGCCGACUCCCUGCCCCGCGCCACGCUCUGGGAGUACUGAGCCCGCCCCUAGUGCAUAGACCCCUAGGGCCCGUGCCAGCUGCCUGGCACACGCCCAGCCACCCUGCUGCGCGGCAGGGACGGGCACAAGGGGGCAUGCCCCCCACCCCCGCUGGGCAGCCGUGAGGGGGUGGGCUGGCUGGGGGGGCUUGUGGGCUUGCAAGAGAUUGACAUGGUAGAUGCCCGGUGUGAGUGCCGUCCUUGACCCCCCCAUGGC